UGUUCUUUAAAUUAACAAUUAAUUUUUUUUAUCUAAAAAUGAAUAAAAUUUCAAAAUUAUUUUUAGUAUCGCACAAAAAAAAAAGUAAAUUUCUUUUCUUACCAAUCUGGUAAUUGCAAUUUAAUAUACUGAAAAUGAAAAAAAAAAAUAAAAAUACCCAAAUUAUACCCGUAAAAAGGUGACAGGGUAAUUUUAAUACAAACCUGUGCUUGAUGUUGCUGUGUGUCUUUAAUUUGGUUUGAUGCUCUCAAGAAGGCGGUGUACGGUGUAAAUGCUGUAGGGUCCUAUACAAUCAUGACAACGGGUGUACUUGGAAGAAGAACCAAGCCAAGACAUAAGACAUUACAUGUGGCGAAUAAAAUAAAGGAGGUUGAUUUAAAGUUGGCCAAAGGCACACUGCCUUGCAGAGGACGUGUGGUGGAUCAGCAUCAAGCCGAGUGUUGUUGUCUUGGACCAAGGGUCCCUUUCCCGAGGCGGCUUAAGAAGCUGAUGCGGAAGCAAGAGCAAGAUGAGCAGGGAACUGAAGAUUUCUGCGUUGGUGAUGGUGAGACUGUAUAUACUAUAUACUCUAUACUCAGUUAUUUAGCAGCAGCAGCAUCAGCAUCAGCAGCACUGACCGGGCUUUGAACUCAGUCUGUGGUAAACAACAGGUACAUUGCACCCUGCGCGUAAUUCGUAAGUGCUCAUGGGCUGGACGCAGUGAACGAGCAGAGAAGAGGAGUAUAGUGGCGAAUCGAGCCAAUACUCCUGAAGAAAAGAACAGAGAAGAAAAUAUUACAGAGUAUUAUUAUUACUAUAUAUAUUGUAGUAGUAUUAUAUAGUAACCAGAGAGAUAAAGACAAUUAUAAAGCUAAGGAAGAUAAAAAGAGAUGGUACAUGGUAGCUGCAGGCGUAUUUUUUCAGUCACGUCCACCAUACAGCAUCUGAACUGAGAUGAGAGACAAGUAGAGAGCCACUUUUAUAUAUAUAACUACAGUAUCCACUGUAACGGGCUGAUCGCGCGUAUAAAAUUUUUUUUAUCUCUUUCUUUGAUGCUCUCUUUAUCUCACUCCUUUAUGUCGAUUCUCUGACAUCCAAAUCGACGCUCAUGAAACAUUCAGGGGAUUGCACUUUAGGAGAUACACUAAAGAACAGAUACUCUAAAGAAGAUGAGAGACAAACAAAUAAAAUUCUUACACUCAGGGUUUU